AAACCCCAUCUAACAUUACAAUACCACACAGGGGGGAGUCGACUUUACACGUGCAAGGAACAUACAUUCGCAACAGUGAACUCCGCGCUUUAAGACUUUGCAAAAGACUUCCAUUAUAGAGCGUUUUUAAGUUCACGGAAACACCGAAAAGUAUCUAAAUCAUGGCAUUUCUGAAUCAUUUUACGACAGCAUACUUGAAGAGCGUCCAAGGCUACCGGCUAAAUAAGCAGAUGUUCUUCAUUUUACGCGCCUUGCACAAGUCAGCAUCCAGCGAAGCUUUGGGGAUCUCCGCGGCUGGAGAAGAGGCCAUACCUCAAAGACUGAUCACACCGGCGGAUGUCGGCGAGAAAACCAGUAUCAAGACCCUGAAGGAGAUGCCUGGACCCAGCACCCUGGCCAACUUGAUCGAGUUCUUUUGGAGAGACGGGUUUAGCAGAAUUCACGAAAUUCAGUUGGAGCACAGGAAGAAGUAUGGAAAAAUUUUCAAGUCCCACUUUGGGCCCCAGCUGGUGGUCUCAAUUGCAGACCGCGACCUGGUGGCUCAGGUGCUGAGGGCCGAGGGCGUGGCCCCUCAGAGAGGUAACAUGGAGUCCUGGAAGGAGUACAGAGACAUGAGAGGCCGUUCCACUGGCCUCAUCUCAGCUGAAGGAGAGGACUGGCUGAAGAUGCGGAGCGUGCUCCGACAGCUCAUCAUGCGCCCCCGUGAUGUAGCAGUUUUCUCCAAUGAUGUGAACAAAGUGGUAGAUGACCUGAUCAAAAGAGUUCAUGUUCUGCGCACCCAGGAGUCUGACGGAGCAACUGUCCUCAACGUGAAUGACCUCUUCUUCAAAUACGCUAUGGAAGGUGUGGCAGCCAUUUUGUACGAGUGCCGACUAGGCUGUUUGGAAAACGAGAUUCCCCAGGAAACCCAAGACUACAUUACCGCACUGCACCUCAUGUUCAGCUCCUUCAAGACAACCAUGUAUGCUGGGGCAAUCCCUAAGUGGCUCCGACCCAUCAUUCCCAAACCCUGGGAGGAAUUCUGUCUCUCCUGGGAUGGCCUCUUCAAAUUCAGCCUUAUUCACGUUGAUAAGAGGCUCUCAGAGAUCAAGGCCCAGCUGGAGCAGGGAGAAGAGGUGAAGGGGGGACUGCUCACACACAUGCUCAUCACCAAGGAGAUGAAUAUGGAGGAGAUCUACGCCAAUGUAACGGAGAUGCUGCUGGCCGGGGUUGACACGACAUCCUUCACCCUUUCGUGGGCCAGCUACCUGUUGGCACGGCACCCUCAAAUACAGCAGCAAAUCUUUACCGAAGUGACAAGGACUUUGGGACCUGGAACAGUCGCCACCGCUGACGACGUCCCCCGUCUGCCUCUCAUCAGAGGACUUGUCAAAGAGACUCUCAGGCUUUUUCCAGUUCUCCCAGGCAAUGGAAGGAUUACCCAGGAUGACUUAGUGGUGGGCGGAUACUUCAUCCCCAAAGGGACUCAGUUGGCCCUGUGUCACUACUCCACAUCUUUGGAUGAAGAGACCUUUGCUGAUGCGUUAGACUUCAGACCCGAUCGCUGGAUACGGAAAGAUUCCACAGAUCGUGUCGACAACUUUGGCUCCAUUCCCUUUGGCUACGGCAUCAGGAGCUGCAUUGGCAGGAGAAUAGCAGAGCUAGAGAUGCAUCUAGCUCUCACAAGGCUCAUUCAGAGGUUCCACAUUGGCGUGUCUCCUCUCACUGCUGAUGUUAAGGCCAAAACCCAUGGCCUGCUCUGUCCUGCUACCCCCAUCAACCUGCAGUUCGUCGACAGGGAAAACUAGAGGCUGACUCUUUUCCAUUAGGUCUACUGUACUGUAUGUUUUCAAAGUGCUGAUUCAUUAUUAGGAGUUUUUAAAUACACUGCUUUUAGUACAGCUUCCACUGUUAGAUUUUUAGAUGCCAAGCUAAGUCUGAGGUUUUACUCAGGCAAGAAAUGUGUCUCACUUCCUCUUUGUUGAUGAGGAGGACACAAAAUAGUACUGGACCAAUAACGUAAGAAUAAAAACUGUUUAUGAUGUAUAUUAUUUGUACUUAGUAAAACCCACUGCAGUUUGUUUGGACUGUUACUCCUUCCAUUCAUCCUAUUCAAAAUAGUGAGUGGAAAAUGAACUAUAAUCUAUGUACUUUGUAUUCUUUUAUGUCAAAGUGCAUGCCUGUAUGUAAUCAUGUGUGCACACAUAAUCACACAGUUUGUAAGAAUGAGAACGAAAUUCACUGAGAAUGUUGAAAGACAACUAUGAAUGUACUGAAAAUUAGCGUGUGUGUAUAUAAUGAGCUUUAUUUGAUGAUGAUGAUGUUUUCUCUAUGUUGCAAGCCAAAUUACUUAGACAGGUUUUUUUCUGCCACCACAGUUUCUUUUUAUUCAAACUAUGGAAGAACAUUUUAAUCACUUGAAUGGCAUUACAUGAUUUUAAUCCAUGUACUGUAUGUCCAUAAAACAUUAAGUACACAGUUAGCUAAGGGGAGAAAAAACUCUUUCAGAUGUAAACAUGUAUAUUUGCAGGAAAAGUGCUUUUAACUUUUUAAAAUAAAAAAUGUUCAUCCCCUUUGUUAGAACUAAUGAAUGAACCAUUAUAAACUAAAUUCAUCAAAACAUUGAUGCUCAGCUAGUGAGAAUGUGUAUCUGUUUGUUCAUAUUUGCAUCAAAAAAUGUGUUCAGAAUUUUUGGUUUGUAUGCUGUUACUGUGAAUGCAAGUAUUUAAGCAGAACACCAGUUAAAUUAUGAUUUUACUGAGAGGGAUAAUGUAUGUUACAGAACAGUUUGGUGCAAGGGAAAAGACAAGUUGCUGUUGAAUUGUGUCAUCUUGAAGGAUCACAAUGCAUGGAGGAAAAUGGAAAACACUCUCUGUAUUUACCUGCUCUUUUGUCUACCUGUUCCUUUUUACUGUAGUGUUGUGCAAUGUCUUUUGUCAAAAAUAUUUACAUCCAUAAUACUCUUAAAAUGUCAGGAUAGAGAGGUACAGCAUUACAACAAAACAGCCCCUGGCUUACUACAUUUAUAAGUACUGCAAACACAGAACACUGGAAGAAAACCAGAGAGAAGUAAAUAAAAGAAAUCUUUACUCUGUAGUUUUGGGGAGUUAAGCCCCUGAGUGCAGAUGUAAAUUCACACCUGUACACUGAUGUCACCAAUAAAUGAUCGAUUGACUCAAAGCAUUGUUCAAACCCACAGAUUUUUAAAUUCAAUUCCAUGUGAAGAUCCUGAUGUGUCAAAAUGUACUCUUGACUGAAUUAACUUUGAUUAAAGCUUUGUACAUUUCUUCUUA